ACUUCGAUAUCCCUAUAUUUACACGAUAAACACCGAAAACUUUUUUUCAUAUUUUGGUCGUCGCAAAAGUAAUAUAGCGGAUAAUAAUGAUGACUACUCACCUGUGAAAGACCAAGAAGGACCGAUGCAGUUUCGGAAAUGUAUAGGAUUUUUCCCUCAGACAGUACUGAGAAGUCAUGAUAGGAGUUUUUAUAUGCGACGAGUGAAAAGUGAGGCGACAUGCACAAGUGAAUGGGACGAGCUUAAACGUGGGAUUCAAGCACAAGAUCACAAGAACACAAGUCCGAUGGACACGGGAAAUAAAAAAACUCUGCGUUUUUUCAUAAAGGAAACUACGCACAAGGUUGCUGAAAACUCUUCGACAGCCCACGACCGGUUUCGCCAUUCUUGGGGCUCAUCAGGUUGCCGGAAACUCGGGGAGUGCACCCACCUGAUGAGCCCCAAGAAGGGCGAAAUCGGUCGUGGGCUAUCGAAGGGUUUUCAGCAACCUUGUGAGGAAAGAAUAUUCAGUAUUUAUCCCUUGGUUGUUGAUCAGGUGGCUGUUGAUCUGUUCGCCGAGCUUGGCAUUUGGCUUGCAAACGUUUCGUCACCAUACGAGGAGCGCAUCAUCAGUGCGCAGUUGAUGAUGCGCUCCUCGUAUAGUGGCGAAACGUUUGCAAGCCAAAUGCCAAGCUCGGCGAACAGAUCAACAGUCACCUG